CGCUACUUAGGACUGAACGGACAUAAUUAGAAAUAUAUAUGCCCCCGGUAACGAUUAACGCCUUUUCCCAGGGGACCCGGGUACCCAUUGAAGAACAGUAUAAGAAAGUAAACUGUAAAGGGUUAACAGGCGUUGUUUAUAACAACCUUAAAGUGUAAAAUACAAAGAGACAAGUCUAUGAUAAUUAUCACAUCCUAUCUGUACGAUCAACCUUUAAUACAACAUUUUAUGACCGACGGUUGACCACAGGGUGAUAUAUUUAGACCCGUUCUCUUCACCUCAGUUAUUAAUGAUACAGGACAUCUGACGGACGUGGUGCGGAAGACCGGUGUAAAGCUUAUUUCUUUAAAUACUGAAAUUAUAUAGCCAUAAUAAUGAAGAACGCAUGUUGAAGUGGAUUAAGAAAAGAACUCGACGUACGUCAGCACCUUCUGGUGGAGAUCCAUCCUGCUUAUCUGUUGUAAAAGACAACGACUCUAUAUUUAGCGAAGAUCAAGGCUUUAAAGAUGAACAACCUUUAAAUAAUCAAGUUUGUCCUCUAUGUCGAGCUAUCAAAUCAACCGACCAUAGUGCAGAUGGUUGUCUUUGUGGCCAAGUUAAUCUUGAUAGCAGUGACAUCAUAGACUAUGAUACCAUCAAACGCCAAACCAGACGGGUCAACUCAGUGCACAUCAAAAAUAAGCUGAAGGAAACUUUGAUGCCGACGUCGUAUUUGAUAUGUAAAACGUCUCCGCUGUGCCGCAGUAGAUCGGAUGUUACUGGAUUAAAGUACACGCCUAUCAAAUCAGAAGUUCCGAAACGUUUAUCGCCACGAUCACGAAUUCCCAUCCUGAAUCCGGAAGAGUUUGCUGAACUAUCCUCAGAAGAUGAAAGUAGUGGAUAUGGUGAUUCUGAAUGUUCCGGAGCAAGUCAAUCAGGAUACAGUUCUGAUGACAGUUUAAGAAAUUUGCUCCAAAAUAUGGUGAUCAAUCCCAAAAGCAUGGAACCAGCAUCACCUAUAUCACCUUGUGCUUCUCCUGUACCUAAAAUGGGAUGCCGUGCCAUGAUUCAAAGAAGUUCUAGUUCCAACGAACGGAAAAAUUUCCAUCGUAAAAUUGCUAUUCGUUCCCAUUCGUUAAAUAGAGCAGCCAGACCGUCAUGUGGUGUCAAAAGAUCGAAGUCAAGAGCUGCAUCUUUUAGAACGGAACGACGUCCAGAACUGAGUCUCCUUGCUCAGCAAAAUACAAUAGAUAACAAGGACUUGGGAUCUGGGUAUCUAGAUAUCCAUAUUGAUCAACUGGCACAAAUUAGGACGGAAUUACAGAAUUUAUACUCUUUGGAUAAAAAUAUGUAA